AGGAGGAGCAGCAGGAAGAGGAGCAGGAGAAUCCCGCCGCUCGCACCGCUCGCACGCUGGGUCUGCAGCACCCCCUGCCCCGGGAGCAUCGCCCCCAGCCCCGAGGCGCAGGAUUUCUCAUUCCCAAACCUUGGCUGGAUGGAGGAGGAGGAGGCUGCGAGGAAGAGGAAGAUGCUCUGGGACACCCAGGCAGACAAGGAGCUGAGGAUGGAGACCUGCAGGGACAAAUCCCCACAGCAGAACCUUGUGGCAGAGGCCAUUUUGAGCGACUCCAUGGCGCAGGAAUCCAAUAGAGAGGAAAAUCCCUGGAGGUCCCUCAGGAAGAGGGGCUGCAAACUCAGCCCAGGGUGCUGUGAGGAGGAAAGACCCACCCUGUGCCAGGAAGGUGGACAGAGCUCCAGCCAGAGCUCGGAGCUGGUGGUCCAUGAGCAGCCUCAUGACAGGGAGAGGCCCUACAAGUGCUUGGAGUGUGGGAAGGGCUUCAGCAGGAGUUUCAAUCUGAUCUGCCACCAGAGGAUCCACACUGGAGAACGGCCCUAUGAGUGCUUGGAAUGUGGGAAGGGCUUCAGCCACAGGUCCAACCUGAUUGUCCACCAGAGGUUCCACACCAGGGAGAGGCCCUACGAGUGUCCCGAGUGUGGGAAGAGGUUUCACACCAGCUCCCAUCUCCUUGUACACCAGCGGAUUCACACCGAGGAGAGGCCCCUCUGCUGCCCCGACUGCAGGAUGGGCUUCAAGCACAACUCCACCCUCGUCACCCACUGGCACAUCCACACUGGGGAGAGGCCCUACGAGUGUCCCCAGUGUGGGAAGAGCUUCUCAGACCGCUCGUUCUUUACCCGACACCAACGGAGGCACCACUAAGGGAAGCCCUGCGAGAGCCUGGACUGCAGGAAGAGCUUCGUGCGCUGCUCCAGCUUCAUCCCCAUCACAGGACCCACAUUGGUCAGAGCCCUGGUGACCCACAUUCCCUGUGAUACGCAGAGGGAAGUGGCUGCUGUUCCUUUUAUUUUGUCUCAUAUUAUCUUUUAUCUUCCUCCCUUCAAAACACAGAAAUUUAGGGUAAAAAUCAACAAAUUAAUCGAAGGCAUCUAAAGCCUCACAUUUUACUUGUGUUUCGGAGAAUCUUGGAUUCCGGGAGAUAUCUGGGAGUAUAUGGGGGGGGGGAGGUAUUUGGUUUAGUUGUCUUCAUUUCCUGGCACUCCAAAAUGACAAGAAGGAUUGACCUGUCACCUCAAAACCACUCAAUGCCACUGAAAACUACUGAA